CGGUCCGCACGGUGGGGGCCGCUGGAACGCCGCCGCCCCUUGGACACUCUGCAUUGCCGGAAGUGGGGAGAUGGCGCAGCGGGGCUGCUGCGCGAGCAGUUUCUCUUCAUCUGGACGUUCGCAAGAUUUGGGAAUUUGUGAAGAUGUGAGGGAUUAUUAUGGAAGAAGGCUCCAGAAGACUGAAGAUCUGGUACUGAAUGUGUGUGUCACUCCUGCUAAAGCGCUCCCUAAGUAUUUGCAGGAUGCACUGACAGCUGUUCAUGAAGAAGUGAGCUCCAGGUACUAUGGAUGUGGACUUGUGGUUCCUGAAUGUUUGGAGAGCUGUUGGAUUCUGGAUCUGGGAAGUGGCAGUGGGCAGGAUUGUUACAUGCUCAGCAAGCUGGUUGGAGAGAAAGGUCACGUGACUGGGAUUGACAUGACCAGUGAGCAGGUGCAAGUGGCUCAGAAGUUUAUUGACUAUCACACUCAGAAAUUUGGCUUCAGUAAACCCAAUGUGGAUUUCCUUCAAGGCUACAUUGAAAAACUUGGCGAUGUUGGACUGGAGGACAGCAGCUUCGAUAUCAUUAUAUCCAACUGUGUGAUAAACCUGUCACCUGAUAAAAAGGCUGUGUUAAAAGAAGCUUAUCGAGUGUUAAAGGAUGGUGGUGAAAUGUACUUCAGUGAUGUCUACGCUGAUUGUGACCUUCCAGACACCAUAAGGACACACAAGGUUUUGUGGGGGGAGUGUCUGGGAGGAGCUCUGUGGUGGAAAGAUCUCCUCAAACUUACAAAGGAGGUGGGCUUCAGUACUCCACGACUGACCACUGCCCAUAGGAUUCCCGUGACAAAUAAGGAGCUCAAGGACAUUGUUGGCGAGUGCGAGUUUGUUUCUGCCACAUAUCGAUUAUUUAAAAUCCCGGCCAGCUGUCCGAAAGAAAAAUGCUGGGUUACUUACAACGGCUCGAUCACAGGCUUUAAAGAAACGUUGGAGUUUGAUGUCAACUACACAUUUAACGAAGGAGAGGCCACAGCUGUGGACGCAGAGGUGGCAGCAAUUCUCAAGAGCUCACGAUUUGCCAGUGCGUUCACCACUAAACCGGCUGGGAAAAUGGGUCCCUCCUCCGCUGAAGGUCCGGCCACAAAAUCAAAGGAUACUCUUGUUGACCCUUUCAAGUUGACCGAAAGGCCUGAGGUUACAGGGACUCCAUCCUGUGCCAGAACAUGCUCCGUGCAAAGCAAAGAAUGUUGUUGAAGCAACUCCAUUGGUGGGAGAAUAAUCUCUGCUAAGCCCAAUAAUCAGUGAACUCAAUGUCAAGAAACGAUUGGAAGUGCGAAUGAACCUGUGGUUCUCCCCCUGUGGCCUGAGCUGUGCAGAAAUGAAUGUUGAAUCUGCCCAGCUCUCAGUCCAGCUGGUUCCUGCUAACACCAUGACAUAGCCUCUUCGCCAUGACCCAUGUUUUUCUGCCACUUCAGGAACCGUGUCAUGUCCUUGGCUUGUCCAUGUUUUAGCCUCAAGGUUCACCUGAGUUUGAUACUUUCCCAAAAACCCUUUGCUUCUCUGUCCUUCCCAAAAUCUGACUUGAGUUGAAUUAAGGUCUGUCAGCUCAGUUACACCUUAUAACCUCUAAACUGUAAUUCCGCACAGAAUCCAGGGUGAGCGAGUUACCUCCCCAAAGCGUCUACGCUGAAAAUUGUUCACAUGCAACAACUUGCAUUUAUAUAGCACCUUUAAUGUCCCUAGGCACUUCACAGGAGUGUGACUUUUAGAAGGUGAUUUUUUUUUUUUUGCUUUUUAAAACCGGCUGGAAAAGGGCAGCUGAGAAAGGCUCGGGUCCUCAGGUCAGUUAACGAUUGACACCGGGCACCUUUCAAGUCAUAGGGACUGGUGAACAACAGUGAGUACUGGGGACAAUCGAGACCCACCUCAUUUCCAGAAGUGCCCGUUGCUUGAGAUGUGAGCCAUGUUCGAUGCGCACAAAAUCUUCACUGUUCAAAUCUUUUGCUCUGUCACAAAUGCUUUACAACCCAAUAAAGAACAACUUUGGAAUGA